AUUUAAAUAAAGGGCAAUCUACAGGAGUAGUGGGGGCGAUCUACUUCUUAUAAUCAUUAAGCAAUAUUCAUAUUUUCAGGUGCAAAGGUAAAACUCAGCCAUUUGAGAACGCGGGGAUAGAAGUAUCCUGAACAAGUUCAAAAUCAAACGGAUCAGAGAGUUGCACACAAAAUCAUGGGUAGAGAUGCUCUCUCCACUCGUAUUGAGGCUAUUGACAAAAAGCUAGCUGGGACUCCAAUUAAUGCUGAAGAGCGUUCUAUAUUUAAAGUGCACGAGCUGUUACUCAAGGUAAAUGAGAAGGCUUACAAACCCGUUCUGCUUGCGAUCGGUCCUUACAAUGACCAUGGCAAGGUUGGGCAUGAGUUUAUGGAAGAGCAUAAACUGAGGUAUCUGAAGCAAAUGCUUCUAAGGAGAAAUGAAUGUAGUGUGAAAGAUUACAUCAGUGCCUUGAGUUAUUUGGAAGAAAGAGCCCGGAAUUGCUAUGCCGAACGCAUUAGCCUGAAAAAAGAUGAGUUUGUAGAAAUGAUGCUACUUGAUGGGUGUUUCAUCAUUGAGCUUUUCCGAAAGUAUGAGGAGUGCAAUUCAGGGGAUAAGCAUGAUCCAAUCUUCCAAAUGAGCUGGAUGCAUAACGUAAUAGCUCGCGAUCUACUGUUAUUUGAAAAUCAACUUCCAUACUUUGUUCUCACUAAAUUGUUCGAGAUGAGUGCGAGUGACCAGGCACCACUUCCUAAUGCAUCCAUACAUUCUGUAGAACACAUCGUCGAUAGUGAGCAGAACAAUGAAAUUACCCGUCUCAGAAGCUCAGUCUCCAACGAUCAGAGUGGUCCGACAGGACUUAGUGAUCUUGCCAUUUCUUUUUUCUCUGGGUCAUUACCAUUUCAAGAUUGGGAAGUCAAACCAUCGAUCUAUUAUUCAACCGAAAAGCCACUUUGUCGGAUGCAUAAAGCUAUCACUCCUCCACUCGAAAAAAUAGUACAUGAGCAUGAUCUAAAGGUUGGAGAAAUAUUCAAGAAAGAAGAUUUUAAGCAUCUACUUGAUCUAAUACAUACAAUGAUCACGCUUUCAGUAUUUGAUAUGCAACUAGAUCGUGCCAUAGAACUUCAAGAUGUUGGAUGGAAAUUUGGCCUGAUACGUAGACUUGCAAGUCCUUUACUUGCAAAAAUGGAAAAUAUAAAGAAGGGCAGUAAGAAAUUUAUGGAGCUAGUUUCUAUAGAAAGGAAUGAAGACCGCAAGUCAAAACAUUGUGGAGCCAAAUUCGAGAUGAUAGAGAAGUUUAUGCGCCUACCUUUUUUGAAUAAGAUUGAAAAUUGGAAGUCAAUUCCUAACUGCAGAGAAGUUAAAGAGCUUGAAGUCGUAAAGUCAAUACCCAGUGCAACGGAGCUUAAAGAGAGUGGAGUCAAAUUCAAGGCGGCAAAGCAAUGUUGCACGUUUGCCAUAAAUUUUAGCAAUGGGGUAUUGGAAAUUUCGCCUUUGAGAAUAGAAGAUGAAACUGAAACUUUUUUGCGAAAUCUAAUUGCAUUUGAGCAAUAUAGUGAUCCAAACAAUGAUUCGAGUUAUGUCACCGACUAUAUAUGCUUCAUCGAUGAUCUCAUUAACUCUCCAAAGGAUGUUGAAUUACUCCGUCGGAAAGGAAUCAUUGAAAAUUGGUUGGGUGAUGAUGAAGUUGCUUCCACCAUGGUUAACAAGCUUGGCCACCAUGUCACCGUUUCACCCAGCAAGUCCAUUUACAUUGAAACUUCCACUGAUUUGAACAAGCACUGUGCCAAACGCCUGAAUGUAUGGAUGGCAAAAUUAAGGCACAUUCAUUUCAAUAGUCCUUGGGCUUUGCUUUCAGUUUUGGCGGCUAUCUUAUUGCUUGGACUUGCAAUUACACAGACUGUAUUUUCCAUUAUUCAUUAGAUUUUUAUGUAGUGUCUUAAUCUUAUUGUUCUCUUAGUUAAUGUAAUAUAAUGUUGAGUUUAAUAGGAUUUUAGAAAUUAAA